AGGUGCUCUGCGCUGGGGUUGCGUGCAGAUGGGAGAGAAAAUUAGGGGGACAAGGGAGAGAAGGAAGGAGAAACCACUGUCCUCAGCCAGAUAUAUUAUCUUAUAUUGAACUGAUCAAGUACUUUGAAAAUGACUUCAAAAUUUCUUUCGGUGUCCUUCAUACUUGCUGCAGUAAUUUCUUCAACUGCAUUUUCUCUCCAACCAGACCAGCAGAAGGUUCUCCUUGUUUCAUUUGAUGGAUUCCGUUGGGAUUACUUAUAUAAAGUUCCAACGCCCCAUUUUCAUUAUGUCAUGGAAUAUGGUGUUCAUGUGAAGCAAGUUACUAAUGUUUUUAUUACAAAGACCUAUCCUAACCAUUAUACUUUGGUAACUGGCCUCUUUGCAGAAAAUCAUGGGAUUGUUGCAAAUGACAUGUUUGAUCCCAUUCUGAACAAAUCUUUCUCCUUGGAUCACAUGAAUAUUUAUGAUUCCGAGUUUUGGGAAGAAGCAACACCAAUAUGGAUCACAAAUCAGAGGGCAGGACAUACGAGUGGUGCAGCCAUGUGGCCUGGAACAGAUGUAAAAAUACAUAAGAGCUUUCCAACUCACUAUAUGCCUUACAAUGAAUCAGUUUCAUUUGAAGAUAGAGUUACCAAAAUUAUUGACUGGUUUACAUCAAAAGAGCCCAUAAAUCUUGGUUUUCUCUAUUGGGAAGAACCUGAUGAUAUGGGCCACCAAUUGGGACCUGACAGUCCACUCAUGGGGCCUAUCAUUUCAGAUAUUGACAACAAAUUAGGAUAUCUCAUACAAAUGCUGAAAAAGGCAAAUUUAUGGAACACUGUGAACCUUAUCAUCACAAGUGAUCACGGAAUGACCCAGUGUUCUGAGGAAAGAAUAAUAGAGCUUGACCAGUAUCUGGAUAAAGACCACUAUACACUGAUUGACCAAUCUCCAGUGGCAGCCAUCUUGCCCAAAGAAGGUAAAUUUGAUGAAGUCUAUGAAGCACUGGCUCAUGCUCAUCCUAAUCUUACUGUUUACAAGAAAGAGGAGAUUCCAGAAAGAUGGCAUUAUAAAUACAAUGAUCGAAUUCAGCCAGUCAUAGCAGUGGCUGAUGAAGGGUGGCAUAUUUUACAGAAUAAGUCAGGUGACUUUCUAUUAGGUAACCAUGGUUAUGAUAAUGCAUUAGCUGAAAUGCAUCCAAUAUUUUUAGCCCAUGGUCCAGCCUUCAGAAAGAAUUUUACAAAAGAAGCCAUGAACUCCACAGAUCUGUACCCACUGCUGUGCCACCUCCUCAAUGUCACCGCCAUGCCGCACAAUGGAUCAUUCAGGAAUGUUCACGACCUGCUCAGUCUGGCAACUCCAAGUGCAAUUCCUCAUGUACAAAGUACUACAUUCAUCUUUGGUAGUGAUAUACCAGUAGAAUAUGAGCCGGAAGAGUCAUACCCUUAUUUCAUAGGGGUCUGUCUCGGCAGCAUUAUAGUGAUUGUAUUUUUUGUAAUUUUCAUUAAACAUUUAAUUCACAGUCAGAUACCUGCCUUACAAGAUAUGCAGGCUGAAAUAGCUCAACCAUUAUUACAAGCCUAAUGCUACUUUGAAGUGAAAUUGCAUAUUGAAGUGGAGAUGGCAUUAUUAUGUCAGUGUUUAAAGGUUUCAAAUUCUAGGAUACCAGUUUCAGACAUUGCAAAGACCAUCAAGCAGUUAUAUACAUAUUUAGGUACAGACACAAACACACAAAAACAGACACACACAGAUAGACCAAAAUACUUAUACCUGCAAAGGAUUAUGGAUGUGAUAAUAUGUCUCCCUUGGUUUCUUUAACUUGGGAUUGAAAAUAUCUUGCUUUAUUUGGACUUGACACAUGCAAUGUAUAUAUUUAGCAACUUUGCACUACUUAAAGUACCUUCUACAUUGCACUUUAAAUUACUCUCCUAAUGGGUACUUUUGCUUGAAAUGCACUUUAUGGACAAUUGUGUCUUACAACUUGGUUGAAAACAACAACUUUUUGUACCCAUGUUAUAGAAUACUUGUUAUUCAUUGUUCAGACUGAAUGAAAUUUCUGAUAACACCAGAAUAAUAUAGAAAUCUAUCUCCUUAAAUUGGGAGAACAAGAAAAAAGUGACAGUUGCUGAAAAUUGAAUGUGAUAAACUUUGUAGAUUGAGUUUUGGAGAGAUGCAUUCCCAACAACAGAUUGCAUCUAUGGGCACUUCUUGUCAUAUUUCUUUUCAAAGGACAUGGGUUUUUUAUUUAUUUUCCUCCCAAAAUAGAUUCAAAUACUGACCAAUUCAUUUUAAACAUAUUGUUUCUAUCACUAAAAUCAAUUAUUGCUAUUUCCUGAUUUGUCAUAUUACCCUGAUUUUUAUAAUAAUAAAGAUACCAUGAAUAUACAUUUCUCUUCUAUGUAGUUCUGCAAAGGCCUGAAUUGAAGAGAUCAUGCACCAUCUCAGCCAUGUUUGUCUUGUCUGUAAUUAUUUGCCUAUUUGAAAACAAAAUCACUAUUAAUCUUAUUUAAAAAUCAUAUUUAGACAAAGCAAUAUUUUCUUUCUGGUAACACAUUCUAACAGAGCACGAGCAUCUUUUUUAUUUGAGCAUUUGAAGAUCCAGAGUUUCAAAAGAGCACAAACUAUAUUAGGUAAAAUAUAGGCCACUCAAUCCUUAAAAAGAACAGUGUGGAGCUUGGAAAGAAAACGUAGGCAGAACAUGCGAGAUGUUCACACUGUACCCAGAACAGUGGUAAAGGGCACUUACUGUCAAAACUAUCUAAAUAACUCCGUGGUAACAAGUAUUGAAACACAGAGGAGCUGAGAUUAUUUAGCCUAGUUUUAAGAAAUAUUUGAACAGCCACCUACCAGGUGCCUAAAGAGCAAUCCAAGUUCACAAGUAGACUUCUACCUCCUGGGUAGUAUUUUUUACCUUUCUGGUCAUCUCAGCUCCUGUCAUUCUAACCUAAAGCUGUGCUUUAGAUUUCUAACUAGUCAGGAAUUUUGCGAGAGGUAUAGCAUUACAUAGGGUUUCUUAAAGGAAAGAGGAAGCCCUGCUGGGAGGGUUGGGUGGUGCUUUCCUUGAAGAAAAUGGCAAUUUACAGACACAUGGUCCGUGGAUAAUAUGAUUUCAUAUAUGUUUAUGCACCAGUUGGCUAGUGAGUAGUUAAAAUGGUAUAACUAUUUCAGAAAGAAAGGGCAAAUUAGCUGUAAAGAACAAAAGUGAUAUGGUUAAAAAUAUAACUGAAUUUAAGUGCUUCCUAAAAUUAGGUGAAUGGAUUACUUUUUAAAUGAUAAUACCAUUAAAGAAUGUUAGCACCUAAUUCUUAUUUUAUUAUAAAAGCUCUUAAUAGGAGAGAAUCAAAUAACUGGAAAUGACUUAUAGAGGAAAAAGCCGAGAAGUUAGGUGGUAGGCAGCAAAAUUCUCAGAGGUCUGGACUCUGGACUAGACAUCUCAAAAUACGUGAGCACUCAUGUUGGCUUGCUUUGUAGCUAUGAACUUAUCUGCAUCAUUGAAAUGGCAGUGUAAUAACUGGAAGAUGAACUUAGUCCAUUUUAAAGCAUUACUAUUGUUAUCUGUCCAUUUAAAUUGAUUGUUGCAUUAAAUUCAUUUUAGAAGGUGCUAUUACCUUAGAAAGGAAAUUCUGUAACAUUGAUGAAAGAAUUAAAAAUCUGAUAUGAACAUCUGA